GACAAUGGCGUCGAACGCGAUCAGCGAUAUAACAGACGAAUUUCUCGUCUGCCAGGUGUGUUUGGAGGACUUCAAGCAGCCUAAGAUGCUGCCGUGUCUUCACACCUUCUGCCAGCCGUGUUUGGAGAAGCUCCUGGCCACAGAGCCGGUAGGGAAACUGGACUGUCCAACAUGCCGACAGGACGUGCCACUGCCCAGAAAUGGCGUCCAAGAGCUGAAGUCCAACUUCCUCGUUGGCAAACUGCGCGACAUUCUACAACAACAGCCGAAAGGGGAAAUUUCCGAGGCGCCGGAGGAUGGAAUCCCCUGUACGGUAUGUGAGGUAGGCAACAAGGCUCAGUUCUACUGCUUGGAGUGUACUGACUACCUGUGUCAGACGUGUAACGAUAUGCACGGACGCUUCAAAGCUAAUCGGUCCCACAAAGUUCAAGACCUCCAAUCCGGCAAGGCUGCCGCCGAGCUCCGGGCAAGGGAGACCUCCAAGUGUGAGGAUCACCAUGAACUGAACAAGUUCUACUGUGACACCUGCCACCGGGUCAUCUGUCUGCACUGUGUGGUCACGGCGCACAAAGAUCACCAGUAUGUGGAGAUAGAGAAGGCGGCCGAGAGGGAGGGGGCAAAGGUCAAGGCAAAACUUGCGACAGUCAAGAACACAGCAGACCUGCGUGAGAAGUGGAUAGAAGAGUUGCAGUCAGUGAAGGACGAGUGGUCUGCACAGGUACAGCGAACAGAAGAACAGAUCAGAAAACAAGUCAACUCGAUCAUCGAGGCCGCGAAGAAGGUGGGAAACGACAGAAUCGUUCAGCUUCGCGCCAUGAACGCUGCUCGGGAGAAACAGAUGGAAGCCGCCAUGGAGGCAGCUGAGAUGGACCUGGCCUCAGCCAGGAGCUGUGUCCAGUUCACGGACAACGUGUUGGAGUACGGGAGCCCGGCGGAGCUCAUGUCGGUGGCCGGAGAACUGACCGGACGGUUGGAUCAAACCGCGGAGUACAAAAACACUGAGAAGUCUGAACUUCCCAAGAACUUUGUGAACUUGACCUUUGACCCACCAACCGGAGAACUGGAGCAGGAAGUAGCUAGACUUGUAGGUGGAAUAAACCAGGUGAAAACACCUUUGUGCUCACCGCAAAAAAUCACGCAAGUGCGACCAAACGUGGUGAUCGGGAAUGGCGGCUCGAGUCUAAAACACGUGAAAACUGUUGGUAAGAAGGGCUGUGGAGUUGGACAGUUUGCCUUUCCGAGCUCGCUCGCUGUCACCGCAGAGGGAGACAUUGUUGUGGCUGAUUAUAGCAACUUGCGCCUGCAAUUUCUAGACAAAGAUGGCUCCUUCAAGAGGAAGGUCGACCUAAGGUUCAAGCCGUUGUAUGUGGCGGCACUGACAAACGGUGAGCUGUUGGUGACAGGGGACGGACACAGGAUUCACGUACUGGACAAACAGGGGAGGGAGUCACGUGUCAUCCAGGUGACAGGGGCUGCACAGAGAGGAGGCGCUACACGUGGUGUUGCUGUUGACGGUUUGGGACGCGUCAUCGUCACUAUCGAGCACCAAGUUUUCGUACUUAGUCCCAGCGGUGACGUCAUGCUGAAGUUCGGGGAUAAAGGUCAAGGUCAGCAGCAGCUGGGUUCCUAUCUCCGCGUGACCGUCAACAGCAGCAACCAAAUCAUCGUCAAUGACUGUGACAACAACAACUUGAAGAUAUUUGACCCCACCGGUCGUUAUCUCUUCACGUGCGGGUCACGUGGCUCGGAACCUGGUCAGCUGUACAGCCCCUGGUCUGUCAUCACGGACGGCGAGGACAACAUCAUCGUGGCUGACUUUAAAAACUUUCGUGUUUCCGUGUUCAGUCGGGACGGCACGUUUAUCAGGCACGUGCUGACACGGGAGGAACACGGACUGGACCGUCCAUUGCCAUUGGGACUGGCGCUGACUCUCGACGGACAUUUAGUUGUUUCUGAAUAUCCUGGUUGUAUCAAAUUUUUCCACGGAAUCUAA